AUGGCAACUUUUCACCACCACCACCACCAUCACCACCUUACCAGCGCGGACUUGCGGCGGCUCUUCCACCGGGUCACCAUCGCUUCCUCUCUGAGCAUCCUCUGCUUCUCCCUGGUCUAUCUCCUCACUGGAUGCUGCGAGUCGGAACUGACAGAAAACUCUGAGAUCAAGACAGAAGAAUGCCACUUCUUCGACCGGCAUUACGCACGGGGACUGGACUGGUACAGAAGUAUGAUGCCCAAAGCCCUGGACGGCCAGAUUGUUAUGGAGAAGACGCCUCGCUACUUUGUUACCGUGGAAACGCCAGAACGCGUCCACGCUAUGUCGCAGGAUGUGAAGUUGAUCGUGGUUGUCCGUGACCCCGUGACCCGAGCCAUCUCUGACUACACACAGAUCAUCUCCAAGACGCCCGACAUCCCUCCAUUUGAGAGCCUGGCCUUCAAGAACCGCACCACAGGUCAGAUCGAUUCUCUCUGGAGCCCACUGUGGAUUGGCCUGUACGCCCAGCACCUGGAGCGUUGGCUGGCCUGGUUCCCCAGGACUCAGAUCCACCUGGUCAGCGGGGAGAGGCUCAUCUCCGACCCGGCCGGAGAACUGGGCAAAGUCCAGGACUUUCUUGGCCUCCAGAGGAUCGUCACGGACAAGCACUUCUACUUCAACAAAACGAAAGGCUUCCCCUGCCUGAAGAAGCCGGAGGGCAGCAGUAAACCUCACUGCCUGGGGAAGACAAAAGGGAGGACGCACGCGUCCAUCGACCCGGAGGUGAUGCAGACACUGAGGGAUUUCUACAAACCACAUAACCAGCGCUUCUAUCAGAUGGCGGGACAGGACUUUGGAUGGCAGUGA